CCGUAUGUUCAAUUCAAUGAGAUCAUGUUGCACAUCCAUCCAUCCAUCCAUUCACCCAUCCAUCGACUACCUCGGCCGCGCCACCACCCUCACCCUCACCCUCACUCGUCCUCGCUCGCCCAUGCACACACAGGCACACACACAUCGCUGCUACCUAUCUGUGGGCGUCCCGCUGUCCAUCCAUCCAUCUGUCUAGCUGGCAGACUACGCGGCCUUGCCUUGGGCCUCUGCCGGCGGCGAUGUCUGCGCCGGCUCGGCCACCGACGAUGCACCUGAUGUGCCGAUCUCGAUGCGACGCUUCUUAACUUGCAAGGGCCCUUCGCCGAUCUCCCUGGAACGACACAAAAAGCGGCAAUACACAGCGAGCAGACGAGCGUUGUUGAUGAGGUUUGUGUCUCUGUCUGGCAUCUCACUUGGCCUGUGCUACGAUGACGGUCUCUUUGGUGUGGUCCAGCUGGGGGGCGCCGAACGAAGCAUCCAUCUGAGAAACAGACACGGGGAAAUGGGACUGCUCGCCUGCCUAUCCACCUCUCUCCCUCACCCGUGCGAGUGCGUUGCCGAGUUUGCUGGCCUCUGUGAUGACUUUGGCGCGCACCUCAGCCGUCAUGACGUCACCCGAGCCCUCCUCCUCGCCCAAAGACUCCUCAGCCUUGGCGCCCGCCUGCACUCAGCAAAUGGAUGGAUGAGACACGAUGGAUGGGAGGAAUGGAUGCGCUGCUUACUUGGAUGAGGGCACGGUAGCGCUCCAGCUGCAUGAAUGGUGCAUUCAUGGCCGAGGUUAAGAGGGCACGUACACGGGGGCGCUUUGCGGGUGUGUGGUUGUGUGCACUCACUGACCUUGGUGUCUAUCUCCUCUAGGUUCUCCUUGCGCGCAGCCUGCUCCUCAGCUGCACACCACACCAACACCAAGACACACAUUAGACAGAGAAGGCAUGGGACGGCAGGCCUGUCUGUCUGUCUGUCUGUCUGUAUUACCGUCUAGUGUGACGCCAUCGACAUUGCUGAGGGCCUUCUCUAUGUGCUCCUUCGCCAACUGACAUCAAACCGCACACAGAGAACAUACGUGGUGCAACAAGUCGCGUGUUUUUUGUGGGAUGCAUGACCUCGAACGCUUUGAUGACGUUUGCGUUGUCCUUCAGGUGCUCGUAGGCGUGGGCAGCCUCCAUGCAACUGUACAAAAAACAUCCACACAACACAACACACACACUCACAGAUGUGUCUUCUCUCUCUGUCCUUGUCUGUGGGGGUAUCUCUUACUUGUUGAUGAGUUCGUGGUACGACAGUUUGUGCUCCAGGGCGGUCUUCAUGCCGGCGUCGUACUCCUGCACACGCCACGCACACCACAACCAUACACACCCGUUCCAGACAUGUGUGUGUGUAUGCGUACCUGCACCGCCUGCUCAAAACGCUUUUGGAUGGUCAGAAGGUCGCCCAGCCUGACAGACAGACAGACAGACAGACAGACUGGGGCGCAUGUCGGCAUGCAUGCCGUUCAUGGGAGGUCUUUGUGCCCUCGACUGACUGUCUGUGUACACGCAGUACCGACCGUGUUUUGGCGAAGAGGAUGGCUUUGACGUCGCCCAUGUCCACCUGCUCGCCCUCCUUCUGCUGCCUGCAGAAUAAGAAAUGUACACAUGGAUGAGUCCAAGCCAGCGAACGACCCCGUGAGCGCCUGCGCACUUGUCUAUCUUGUCACGGUAGCACUUCCACCCCAACUCCAACGUGUCCCACGCCAACUGCAUGACAUACAUACAUACACACACAAAACAUGUGAACGUGCGUGCACGGGUGAGCGCAUCUACGUAAAUUCCUCCACGUACCGCCAUGUCCUCCUCUGUAUCGCCCUGCAUCUCUUCGUCACCAUCGUCACCAUUCUCGCCGCUACCCUCACCCCCCUUGGCCCCCUCUUCAUCCCCAGCCUUGACUACCUCCUCCCCUGCCCCCUUCUCCUUCUCCUUGGUCUCGCCGCCCGUCACCUCAGGGUCCUUGGUCUUGUUCUGCUCGGCCCCGCCAUUGCCGUUGGUGGCGGUGGCAGUCUCGGGUUUCUUGUCCUCCUUCUCCCUCUCAUUAUUGUCCUUCAUGUCCUCAUCCUCGUCAUCUUCCUGGUCGUCGCCAUCCCCGCCGCCGCCACACAUGACGUCGAUGAGGGGCUGCAUGGUGUUGCGCAUCAGAUCCGCCUCCGAGUUCUCCAACAGGAAGUCGCUGACACACACACAUACAAACGAUAAGAUGGUGUGGGGCGGUGGAUCUCUGUGUCUGUGUGUGUUGUGUGUACCCGUAGUUGAGGUAGUAGGAUGCGAGGUCGGGGUGGAGGCCGUUGGCGUCCUUGUGCUCCUCAGUCCUGCAGGCCAUCAACACACAGAUCAAGGAAAGCCGUGCAGCUAAGCCGUGCUUGCCGACCUGCGCGUGUCUGUGUGUGUACUUGAUGGCGAGUGCCUUGGACAGGAACGCUGUGGCCUUCUGAAUGUUGUCCGCCCGCAGCUCCAUGGCCUUCUCCGUCAACAACUUGGCUACCACAUCCGGACCUGACAUCCAUCAUUUGGCCAUCACAGCCCAGCAGCACAGAUCUCCGUCAGAUCCCCCCACUCCCUGGCUGCCUCUUACCUUUCUCCUUGACCAUAUCGUCAUACAUGGCUAUCUCUGCGGCCUGCUCGUCCUCUUCGUCCUCCUCCUCCUCGCCCUCCUCCUGACCGCCCUCGCCCUCCUUUGCUAUCUCCAUUUUCGCAUCCUCCGCCGCCUCCUGGGCCUGCUGCGCAGCCGUACCCGCGUCCUUCUCACCAGCAGAAGGCUCACUCAUGGCGGCAGCAAAAGUGAUCUCCAAUUGGACCAGUG